AUGAAGAGAUCAACGAGGCUAUCACAGACAGACACCGAAUCGCGCGACGUUCGUACGAACACUCGCCGCGCAUUAGCCCGCUGCGCAUUAACCGUCCCCACUAUUCCCUUACGCUACCCGCCGCCACAUCAGCGCGUUCGACUAUCCCGCAUUCUCCUCCCUCCGAUGGCUAGCGACGUCCCUGCUCUAACUGCUUCGCGUUACCUCCGCUCGCCCUCCCUCUCUGAUCUUCCUGACAACGUCGCCCCGCUACAGUCGCAAACCCUGUCGCAACCCGACUCGCAGUCGCAGGUGCCGCCGCCGCCGCCAAAAUCGCCGGCGCAGCUGCUCCAACAGAACCACGAUGAGGCGAUGCGGGCGCAAUAUGGGAAUAGCGGAGCGACCAGUUGCGCGGAAGGCAAGAAGGUGGAGAUUGAAGGGGUUCAGGGGGACGAAGGGCGAAAGGGGGGUGCGGAGAACGGCCGCGCGGGGAACCGCGGGGACGACUGCGACGCGUGGGAAGGUUUUCACGGCAGCGGCAGCUUGGAGCGCCGCGGCGCAACUGCGGAGAAUGCGGUAAUGCGCACCAGACAGCCGCACGAUUCCGCGACAGCGGCGGCGCUCGCAAGUUGUAUGAACCCUUCCGUCGUCGUCGCUUCCGCCGGGUGCGUGGACAGCCAGGGGAGAAAUAGCGCUAGGCAGAAGAGCCCGCAGCAGCAGCGUCUGUGCCUUGGUCACUCCUCCCCGCUGGUUCCGCCCACCGCCGCCAGCAUCGGGAAACCCCCCGUCGCGCGCUCGAAAUCACCCACCCUGGGGCUUUCCCCCAAUGCAGGAAGCUCCCCCACCGCGCAGGGGGUUUCCGCUUCCGCGGCAAGUUCCACCAAUUCCGCCGGCUGUACUGGCAGCAGCGGCGAAUCCCCCUCCAGAGGUUCGGCAGGCCCCCGUGUAAUCCCCGUAAUUCCCGAGUCUCUCGCGAGCUCUCCCGCGGCGCGGUUCGUGCAGCAAUCGAGGGCAAUGAUGAUGCUGCUGGAGCGACAAUGCGCUCUCGUCGUCGCCGUGAGUAGCGGCGCUGUUGCCGCGCUGGGCUGCUCCGCCGAUGAGUUGACGACGGGCGGAACCACCGGCGGGGGAGGCGGCGGAGGCGGAACGGGCGUGCGCAGAGGCUCCGGUGGGGAGAACGGAGUUGACAGUACAAGCAGCAGCUACAACGGGAAGGAGUGCAUUGGAGGAAGGCCCCAAGAGGAGGAGACGUGCGAGGAGCGAGAGGGGGAAGAUGCGGGGAAGGGGAGAACUACUGGGGCGACAGGAAGCGGGGGACCGAUGUCUUUAUUCGACCUGACGAGUGAUGUGACGAUGCGCAUGUGGCAGGAGGCCAUGGCGGACGUAUUCGGGACAGCGGGAGGCGCGGGGAAGGCAGGCAUUGGCGCUGCUGUGCUGCGGUUCCGCGUGCGCGACUUUGGGAAGGGCGGGCAUCUAGCAGGCGUGGCAGUAGAUUUGAUGGUGCAGCCAUGCCAGUUCGUACCAGAAACACGCGCUGUCAUCGCCACAAUCGCCAUCGUCAACAACCCCUCCGCUGCUUCCGCCACUCCUCCCGCUGGUGCUUCCGUUGGUGCUUCGGCUGGCGCCCUGGCGCCAAGCUCGCUGCAUGUGGAGAGAAAGGAGGUGGAGGAGGAGGAAAGGGGAGAGGAGGGGGAGGAGGAGGAGGAGGAGGAGGAGGAGGAGGAGGAGGAGGAGGAGGAGGAGGAGGAGGAGGAGGAGGAGGAGGAGGAGGAGGAGGAGGAGGAGGAGGAGGAGGAAAAGGUAGUUCCUCUGAGGAGGGGUGUGGGGGCGAGAGGCGCGGGGGGCUGGGGUGGGAGGGAGGAGGAGAGUGGUGGGGACAGCGGGUGGGGGCAGCAGGAGGAGGCGUGGGAGGAGAACGAGGGGGAGUAUGGGGAAGGGGAUGGGGACGGGGACUAUGACGGUGAGGUAGGUCAGGAGGAGUGGCAGGAGCGGCAGCGGCAGCGGCAGGUGCAGUGGCAGCAGGAGCAGGAGGAGGAGCAGAGCGACGGGAUGGUUUGUCGGAGGAGUGUGCAGAGAGGGAGGGGGGAGGAGAGGUGGAAAAGGAUUGGCUCCAGUGGGAAGAGCUUCAGCAGCAGCAGCAGCAGCAGCAGGUGGUUGGGGUGGGGGAAGAAGUUUGGUCGGGAUGAUGGGGAGAGGUCAAGGCGAGGAGGGAGAGAGUGGAGGGGGGUCAGGGACGGGAGGGAGGGAUUGGGCAGGGGGGACGUGGGGGAAGGAGACAUAGGGCAUGGUGGUGGGGCGUGGGGAUCGGGUGGGGGCGGAGGGGGCGGAGGGGGUGGAGGGGGGAGGCGGAGCAGUGGCUUAGUGUUUGGUCUAGGAGCAGCAUUGGGAGGCGGAGCGAGCAGUCGGCGCGUGGGUCGGUCCACCUCCAGUGGGCCGGGUGGCAUGAUGGGCGCAGCAGGUGCGUCUGAGGAAGGCUUUAUCUGGGAGCGCACAGCCACUCUGCACAUGAAAUCCUCUGCUGGGGACCUGGAGGGGUCUGGGGGGAGGGUGGCGGCGCAUGAGGCGCAUGGCAGGGCGGGUAGCUGGGGCAGCGGGGGGGAGUGGAGGCGGGAGAGGGAGCUGGGGGAGAGGGGCGCUGGGUGGGUGAUGGAGGGGAGUGGGUAUCGGCUGGUUGAUGGGGUGGGUGGGCGUGGGGGUUUGUGGGAUGGGACGGGUGGGGGAGGAGGGGGUGUGUCUGUUGGUGGGGGGUGGGAAGGGGGAGGAGAGGGGGGUGGAGAGAGGGGGGGAGAGGGGAGUGUUUGGGUGGAGAACGGGAAGUGUGCGUGGCGGGAAGGGGAGAGGAGGAGAGGGUUCGAGGACCCCGCCGAAUGGGAGGAGGGAGAGGGGCGUGGAGGGGAAGAGGGGUAUUUGGAGAGGGAAGGUGAACUGGAAGGGUCGUGGAUGGAGGGCGAAGAGGAGAGGGUGGAGGGCGAGGAGGGGGCUUGGAGUGUUGUGGAUUGUUGGGAUGCGGAGGAGGAGAGGGCACGAGAGGGCGUGAGAGGUGAGGAGGAGGUGGAGGAUGAAAGGAAAGAUGGGAAGGGGGAUGGGAUGGAAGUCGGAAGGGAGGAUGAUGAGUGGUGCUCUGAGCAUUGGAGUGAGGAGCCUGAUAGAGGGGAUGGGAUUGUGCUUGAUGAGGUGGGGGGGGAUGGGAUGGACCGAGGGGGGGAGGAAGGAGGGGAGGGAGACACGGGAGUGAAGGAGAGGGAGGAGGUAAGGAGGAAGGAGAGAGUAAGUGAGGAGGGAGACGAGGGAAAACAGGAGGAGGAGGAGGAGGUUGGGAGCUCAAGAGAGGGAGCAAGUGGGAUGCAGAGGUGUGAAGGGGAGGGUGACAGGUAUGUUAACGAGGGAACGAGCAGCAGCGGGCUGAGAAAUGGUGACAGAGAUGGGGUUGGGAAGGAAGGCCUGCAUGGCUCUUGGGAGGUGGAGGUGGAGGUGGAGGUGGAGGUGGUUGGAGGAGCCAGGGGAGUGGUGCAGCAGCAGGGGCCAGAAGCAAAGGAUGCUGCGAGCGGCAAGCAAGCAGAUGAAAAAGCACUCGUGGGAGCAGCCCUGAAGCUGGGGGAGGGUGUGGAGGAAGAGAGGGAUGGGGUACACAAACAUAUGGGCUCAUGUUGGGAGGAAGGGGAGAUUGCCGGCGCUGUGCCACUUGGGAACAACGGACAAGAUGAAGGGGCGAAGGAGGGGUUGCAGCAGGAGGGUAUGCAAGCGGGGAAGCAGGUGCAGGAGAACGAACGAGCAAACGGUGUGGCAUUGCAUGCAGAUGCAGGUGAUGGCAGCAAGCUUUGUGAGAGUGGUGUGGACUAUGAGGAUGGUCGGAAGCAUCAUGCAGGUGUUAUGGCAACCUCUUCCCCCAUCACCAGCAGCAGCACCACUGGUGGCGCCAGUGCUCUUAUUGACCACGAUCCUUCUCACCUGCUCUCUGCCUGCUCCUCCUCCUCCUCCGUCGUUCAAGGCACUUGUCACCAGCGGGUUUGCCCACCCUCCCUGGACACAACUCCUGCUGCUGCCUGCGUACCCUCUUGCCACAGCUCAGCACAAUGGGUCAGCCACGUGUUGGACCAUGCAAGGGUAGGCUUUGCCCUGGUGGACCCCUCCUCCUCGCGUCUCCUCACCUGCAACGACUCGCUCCCCUCCCUCCUUGCCACCUCCUCCUCGCUCCUUGCGCCCGGCCUCCUGCUGCUCCCCGCCCUGCCACACCACUACAGAGCGGCGUUCCAGCUUGCGCCUGCACUGUGCAUAGGCAACGGUCUGACUAUUAUAAGCCAUCAACAGCACCAUGUUGUGCUCUCCGCCGUCUUCCUCUGUGUUACCCCUCCGCGCUUCGUCUGUGUCAUCAUCCUAUCUGCCUUCCCCUCUCCUCCUGCACUGCAGGAGUGGCUUCAAGUCUGCGCAUGCAACACCACGCCCUCCCCACCUCCCUUCGCUCUGCCAGUCACUCACAGUGGGAAGCAGUGCACCUUAGAGAAUGCAUCCCUGCUCCCGUCAGAGGCACCUUCCUCAUCUCACUCCGUGAUCUUUAUCUGCUGCGCUGCUGCCAUCCCUGCAACUAUCCACACACAAGCACUGGCAUCACCAUCAGCACCAACACCAGUAGCAGAGGCUGUAGCCCUACCAGCAGCAACAUCGGUAGAAGCAGGCACAGCCGGUCCCCAGCAUCCUGAUCUUCCUUCACCCCAUGCACUUGCAGUGCCUCCUGUUACUCUCCUUGUUAUGCUCCAAAAGUGA